CCUGGGUUAACGAAACUGUUAGCUUGCUGGCGGGAGAAGCAGUACACAAGCUCCGCCCUAUCCCGACGUGCCGCCUCCUCCAGAUUUUUACCGUACACCCCCUCCCUCCAUCCAACCAAAUACGAGUUCGGUGUUUACCUUGAAAUCGGCCAAAGCUCGGAGAACUGGAGGGGAUCGCCGAGCCACCGGCGCACGGGGCACUUCCGGGAUGAUAUUUGUUUGCCUCCUGGACACAGGAUGAAUGGGACUAUACUUCCAGACACCCCUAUAGCUGUGGAUUUCUGGCAGAUCCGGCGAUGCAGCCACAUUCGCCUCUUUUUCCUUUCUCAUAUGCACAGUGACCAUACAGUAGGCUUAUCUUCAACAUGGAAUCGCCCAUUGUACUGUUCACCCAUCACAGCCAAAAUACUGAAACAUAAGCUACAGGUUAACAGUAAGUGGAUCAAUCCAUUAGAAGUUGAUGUGUGCCAUAUGCUGCCAUUGGAUGACUGCGGAAUUGAAACAGUGUCUGUCACUUUAAUAGAUGCCAACCAUUGCCCUGGUUCUGUUAUGUUCCUGUUUGAAGGAUACUUCGGUGCGAUCUUAUAUACAGGUGAUUUCCGCUACAGCCCUCUGAUGCUAAAAUAUCCUCCUCUAAAGAACAAGAAGAUUGAUGUUCUGUACUUGGAUAAUACAAACUGUGAUCCUGAUAGCAACCUGCCUUCUCGACAGGAAGCCACAAAAGAAAUAGAAGAUAUAAUUGAAAAACAUCCAGAGCAUGACAUAGUAAUUGGUCUCUACAGCAUUGGAAAAGAGUCUCUUCUUGUUGACUUGGCUAAGAUCUUUGAGACUUGGGUUGUUGUAAGCCCUCAGAGAAUGGAAUUGCUCAAGCUAUUUGAUAUUGAAGAUGUUUUUACAGCACAGGAGGGAGGAGGAAGAAUCCGCGUUGUAGAGCAGAGCGAGGUCAUUUAUGCUAACAUGGUUAAAUGGAAUUCUGUUUAUCCAACAAUAGCAAUUCUCCCCACCAGUCGAAAAGUGAAGGUCUGUCAUAAGAAUAUCUAUGUUGUACCAUACUCUGAUCAUUCUUCAUUCGAUGAGCUCAUUGAGUUUGUAUCUCAAAUAAGGCCUUGUUCCAUUGUUCCUGUGGUGAAGACAAAAGAAUGCUGGCUUCACUUUAAUAGAUAUUUAAAUUCUGAGGCUAUAAAAAAUUAUGUAGUAAUUCCAAAUUCCGUAAAGGCCUAUAUGAGAAGUCAAGGCCUAUCAAGUAAAUUGAAAGCUAAAAUGCUCAAGGUUCCUGUAAAUAAAAAUUUACCUCGAGGAGUUGAGUUUGAAACUCCUGAAAAAAUACAAAGCGAUGCAGAACUUGAUGGUGGCAGAGAAGAAAAAAAGACCACUGUUUCAACAGAAGAAAAUAUUAACGGUCAGCAACUAGCUACUUCUGAUGAGUCUUCACCGAUUUCAGAACAAUGCCCAAUUCCAACACCUCUCAGUGAGUCUACCGUGCUUGUGUCAAGCGUGAGCUCUUCCACAGUUACCUCUCCAUGGUUUAAGAACACUUCACAGACUCUUGAGAAUGAAACCGAGAUGCCUUCUGCAAUCUGGUCAUCUCAAAACAUGAAUGGGACAGUUCUGUCUGACACAUCUGUGUUGUAUGCAGAAACAAGUAACAUCAUUACUUCUCCUUCCUCUGCUCCAUGUGUGCCUUCUUCCUUUACAAGGGCAGAUAGGCUUUCCUUGUUGCCUUGCAGUAAAAGAGAACUUUUUGGUUCAAAGCACUUUCAUGAUCAAGUUGAGAAAUGUAUUAGGAACUAUAUCCACUGAAGGAAUGCUGAUAAAUCCAUUGUGAGAGAGGGUACAAACUUGUGUUUCAUUGUUAUUUGUUCAAUGUUGGAAGUGUUCACCGCCAUAACAUUUGGAUCGAAUGUUGACACUGCUUAAAGUCCCCUUCAGCUAUAGUUGCUAUAUAUGGGUAGGCAAAACGAUCAAGGUAGACAAUGCAUCUAAAUUAUAGCGGCUGGUGCCUAAUUUUGAAAGGCCCCCUUUUUUUUUUCUUAGCGCAUUUGAAUUCGUGCAAAUGCUCGGAUACUAAAAUCGAAUCGCCGCACCAAUUCCCAAAAGUAGUUCCUGUACUACUUUUGACGAUUUUGGGGGAGAUUUGUAUAGACAUCUGUGCAGGAACCCCCACAUUUGUCUGUCAAAUCGCCCCCUGCAUUGCCGGGUUGAAAUUGUGCGUGUUCAGCUGAACAUUCACAAUAUCUAAACCACAGCAGUUUGAACCUAGGCUGAAGUCUGGAAGCUGAUUGAUUUUCUAUGCAGAGCAGCACCAAAUUUUGCAUGCUCCAAUCUUAGAAAAUAUCCCCCAGAAUGUGUUAUUUGAAAAGCUGUUUUCAGUGCUUCCAGUGGUAAUGUCUGAUUGCAGUAUCUGUUACUGAUUUGAAUGAUCUUUGGUGUGUUUAAAGCUGGGCUCUGCCCAAAUGGGAAGUUCCGCUUUAAGCACUCCUCCCUCCUCAUAUGCCACAUUUUGGCAUGUCAUUAUUUUUUUUAUUUUUGGGGGGGGGGGGGGGGCGGGUACCUAGUUUUUAUAGGUACUCUCUCCCACUUGGACUGCCUAGGUGAUCCGAGUGGAAGUUCUCCUAUCCCCCUCCCUCCCUGCAAUCUUCUGGGACACGUCAUUCAGGAGGCACAGUGCGCACACAGCUGUGAAGCUAGGUGCCCACAGUUGUAAUGCCAGGGAGAGAACCGAGGGUUCAGGCGGCCACAUCACUGGAUUGAGGGACGGGCGAGUGUGUGUUAAAAUUCAGCAGCUACACUUUUUGUAGCUAUUGACUCCUAAUAAACACAAACAUUUGUGGAACUCUUCUUUAAUUUUCAAGUCUUUCUGCCAGCAGUUUGUAUGUUUGUGCACUUUUUAUUUUCCAAAUAAACAAAAUGUAAAAAGUAACAAAUUGUGCAAGUGCAACAGAGCACAGUUCUUGUGAUAAAUUGCCUUAUCAUGUCUUUAGUUUAAACAGUUGGGUUUUUGCGAUCAUUGCAUUCUUUUCAUUCUUUUUUUUCCUUUGCACAAAGAAUAUGCCACUUUGUGUAAUCUCUUUGCACAUAUUUGUAUUUCUCUAACUGCUUAUGGGAGAAGAUAUUUAUAAAAUAAACUUUUAAAUUUCAAAACC